AUGAGGAAAGAGCUUGAACUCGGAGGUGCCCGAGUACAGGUCUCCCCCAUCGACCAUGGACCGGAGGCGACCGAGGCGUUCCAGAACGUCAUUAACAUGCUCCAGCACACAGCGGUAUUGGCUCAGGUCCCCCGAGGAGUCCCGGGGGCUCGCCGGAAUGUCAAGGUGCUAGUAUCAGUCGAUUUCGAUGCAAUAUCUGCCUGGAUGGGCACCGGACAACAUCCCCGCAACUGCCUUUCGGACUUCUCGACGGGCAUCUUUGCUGGCCGCGUCGGAGUGAGCCGCCUGCUCAGUUUGUUUGCACGCCUGGGCGUGUCCGACAAGGUGACUUGGUUCAUACCAGGCCACUCCAUGGAGACGUUCCCCGCGGAAACGAGGUCCAUCGUGGACUCCGGCGCGGAGAUUGCACUGCACGGAUACUGUCACGAGGAUUGCACGCAGCUCGACUCGAAGCAGGAGGAGGACAUCUUGGACAAAUGCAUCACCCUCGCCGAGUCCCUGACGGGGAAACGUCCACUCGGAUUCCGAGCCCCCCUGUACCGGCUCCGCCAUGAAACGAUCACGUUGCUCGAGCGCAAGGGGUUUCUCUACGACUCAUCCCUGAGCGGGCACGACGCUCAAAUCUAUCUUCUUGACGGCGGCUUCUCUCUUGCUACUGUAGACUAUUCUCAACCCGCACACACGUGGAUGCAUCCGUCUGCCCAACCACAGUCUACUACCGUCGUCGAGAUUCCUGCCAACUGGUACAUGGAGGACAUGACGCCUUUACAGUUCUUGCCCAACGUGACGAAUUCUCACGGCUUUGUUCCAGCCCCUUCCAUCGAACAGAUGUGGAAAGACCGCUUCACCUGGCUCUGGAACUGGGGAGCGGACGGUGCCGGGCCCGGAGACUUCGUAUUCCCGCUGGUCUUGCAUCCCGAUACAUCAGGAAUGGCACAUGUUGCUGGAACAAUUGAGAGCAUGCUCCUGUGGCUCAAGGCUUGGGGUCCGCAGGUGGAGUUUGUAACGUACGAGAAGGCAGCAAGGGGAUUCUUGCAGCAGACCGAUGUCGUAGAGGCAUAG